AUGAGGAAAACAAGCCCUGACCGGAAGCCACCCGAGCUCCCUCUCGCCACCAUUCUGCCAGCUGCUGUCCCUCAGACCCAGGCAGCAAGCAGUCUGCGGUUUCCCCGGGCCACUGGCAGCAGAGGCUGCCGCUUUGCUGCUCCAGCGACUCCAGAGCUCCGCGAGCCAGGCCUCGCGCGCCCCCUAGUGGCGGCCCUCCGCCUGCGCAGUCUUCGUCCCCGGAAUAUCACAGCAGAAAUAAUAGAGCGCCCCCUUUCGGGGAGGCGAUGCAUUCCAGGACCCGGGCAGGACCGGGCGGGGAGGGGCAGCCUCGGAAGAUGUUUUCCACUUGAAGAACGGACAGCUCAGUUUGCGGAUGCUGGCCAGAGGAAACUCCCCGGCCCAUCUCUUCUCCUGCCUGAAGGGGACAGAGGACAAAGGCUCCCGCUGAGCCUGAAGGACUCCUACUGGGCUGCUGGGGACCGGUCUGUGCCCCCCACCACAUGGCUACCUCGGAGCUGUGUCCUCCAGAGGCCUGGGGCAGUCACCAUCGUCACCAUCAUCCUCAUCAUCGGUGGAUCACAACGAAAGCAUCACCCAAAAUUCACCCCUAACCUCAGCAGACCGGUCUAUCGACAAUCAUCCUUUGCGAUCGCCUGUCACGCCUUCACUGAACCCUCGAUGCCUCAGAGGAUUCUCAUCGUGGCCUCCAGGCCGGAUCCCUCUACUUUCAACCUGUCUUGCUCUCCCAGCUUCUUCCAAUGGACAUUGGCAUAGGUUCAAAACUCAUUAAAAACCAAAAUAAAGAUAAAAGUCAAGAACUUUCUUUCCGGCUGCAUCAGUUAGGAAGUGGGUUUGGCUUCUAUAAAGACCCCA